GAUAAUCUGAACUGGUAGUGAGAGACCAUGAAUGGCAGCAUUCCAAAUGAAGGGGCCAUGGCCCCUUCCCCAAGCUGGAAGGAGUUCUGUGAAAUUCAUGCCCAUGCUGCUGCUGUGGAUUUUGCCCGUCGUUUCCGGGUGUUCCUCAGUGAAAACCCCCAGUAUGCCACACCGGGUGUUGAGGCCACCUUUUCCAGAAGAUUUGCUGAGCACUUUGUGGAACACUUUGAGUCGGAGGUUAACAGGACAUACGUCACUGACUCUCCAACACGUUGUGACAUUGUGCCAUUCAUGGGAGUCCAGAACUGUCAGAUGGCAUCCAAUAGGGACCUCUCUGAGACCUGCAGUGAUUCAUCCGUUGCUUCACCCAUAGAUGCCCAGACUAGGUUUGAAUCCUCAGGUUUAACGUCUGGUAUUUCCAGUAGCCAGUCACGUAGCUCUGAAGAUGUUUCCACAGCAUCUGCCACAGCGAAACCAAAGCUGAAAAAGCGGUUCUCUUUGCGGAACGUAAGUCGGAGUGUUCGUGGAAGCAUGAAAGGCAUCCUUCAGUGGAAAAGUUCAGUGGAGUCACCCACAGAUGAAGGUACAGGAGAACGACGAUGUAACACUAACACCAACUCCUCUCUUGGGAAACAUGAGCGGGACUCAUCAGAGAAAUGGACUCAGAAGUUUGAGAAGUUAAGACUGACUAAGUUGCCCACCCCUAAAGUGGAACUUUAUGAUAUCCGUCGGGAAGGUAUUCUCAACUACAUCGUCGCAGAUGAUGUAAACAGUAGUAGUCGAGCAAGGUGGCAGAAAUGUCGACUUCUACUUCGGAAAGCUAGCAAAGGGGAAGGAGAAGGUUACUUAUUAGAAUUUUAUAUUCCUCCUAAGGCUACCAAACCAAGGGUGAGUAUCAUGUGUUCAUCUAUCACAGACGUCCGCACUACAACACCGCUGGAAAUGCCUGAUAAGGAGAACACCUUUGUAUUAAAGAUGGAGAAUUCCAUGGAGUAUAUUCUGGAGACAGUUGAUUCUCUGCAGAUGAGGUCCUGGCUUGCUGAUAUCCAUGACUGCAUGAGCCCAGGAGAUCAGGAAGACAGCCUGGACAUGCCAUGCAUGAAUCAUUCCGAGAGCAUGCCCAGUAGAGAACUACCCAUGGUGCCUACAGAGAGCAGUGAACAUUUAUCUCAGGGUGCCUAUGGAGGUCUGUCAGAGAGACCAUCUGCCUCUGUCUCCCCAAGUUCAGUCUCCAUUACUGCAUCUCAUUUUGAUUCCAUGGAAAUGUUGCCUCCAGAACUGCCGCCACGAAUUCCAAUCGAUGAGACAUCUGACCGGCUACCAGCAGUGUCUGCAGUGAACCCAUUACCAACUCCAUUUCCAGACACACCUGAUACGCCUGGCUCAUUUCUGUUCCAUGGAGAUCAGGAGUCCAGUGAUGGUGAGCAUCCACUUUUGGAGUACCCCUGGUUUCAUGGCACCCUUUCCAGACUAAAGGCUGCUCAGCUUGUGCUAGCAGGAGGACCUGGUAGCCAUGGGGUUUUCCUUGUGCGGCAGAGUGAGACAAGAAGAGGGGAAUACGUUCUGACCUUCAACUUCCAAGGAAAAGCAAAGCAUUUGCGAUUAUCUUUGAAUGAGGAUGGCCAGUGCCGUGUUCAGCAUCUCUGGUUCCAGACCAUUUUCGACAUGCUGGAGCAUUUCCGUGUUCAUCCCAUCCCACUAGAGUCUGGAGGAUCUAGUGAUGUAACAUUAGUCAGUUAUGUUGUGGCGUCACAGCGACUGCAUGAAACGACCAUCUCCCGUAACCCUCCACCCCUUCCACCACCACCUCUUUCUCGUCAGCACAGCCUUGACGGAGGUCUUCAGCACUCCUGGUACAACUUGUCUUCAUCACCUACCAGCGGCAGCCUUGCUGAUACCCCAUUCUCCAGACCAGUCCCUGAGCCACCUGCUGGACAGCCAGAGGAAGAGGAAGGAAUGCAAGAACCUGAAGAAGGUUCUGUUGCCUCAGUACGGCUGCAGCAGCUUCAGCCAACAAGUGCUGGUUCUGAGGAUCCUAAUGAUGGAGGGAAUUCAGCUCUACGUGCCCGUGCUGUGGAUAACCAGUAUUCGUUUGUUUGAUAUAUACACAUUUGAAAGUGGAUCACAGAUCAUGCCCCACUGCCUGCCUACUUAUUACAUGCCAAACCAGAACAGGAGGAAGCAAGAGGAGUCUGUGCAUCUCUCAUACCUUUCAGUAUUGAAAUUGCCCCACCAUCUCUAAGUAUCACUUAGUUUGGAGGUAGUAUGGUUGGACUUGUUGCCUUCAGAACAGAGGAAGGUGCAUGCUGCUGUUCCUCCCUGGUAUAAGGGAUUUAGGAAAAGCCAUAAGGAAGGGAGGAAUGUUAUAACCUGAUCCACAAAGAAAGCCUCAGUUCCACAAGGAGCAAUUGUUUUCUGCAGCAGAAUCUUUGUAUCACACAUCAUUUGGCUGUUUCAGAUUUUUUUUUUUUUACCUUGUUGGUAAGAGCUGCUUAGGUUACAAAUGGUGUGUCAUGCUUUAUGGACAAAUGUAAAGCAAACUGCCUUGCCAGGAAUUGGGGGAAUACAUCUUGUGAAUCGACAAAGCACUCAAUUUGGUACUCGCAUCUCCAGUGCUGCUGUUUUCCCCUUUGUAGUGCUUCACUCAGUGUAAGGUGCUUGCCUGUUGUCCACUUCAUCAUGUCUGAGUACAUCAUAAGUUUAGGGUCAAAGGCCAGUAAUGAAGUAGUUCAGUUUAGUACAAGAUGUUAGUAUUUUAUUAAUAUGUGCAUUGCAAAAAAAAACAGGUCAAUAAUGUGUAUUUAAAGGGGGAUUCAUUUUUAAAGUCCUAUCAGUUCAAAUAUGACCAGGUGAAUAAUGCUUCUAAGAAAGAUUUGUAACUUUGUAAGUGAUGCAUUUCAGAGAGCCCCUCCCCCCCCCCCCGCCCCAGUAUCUUUUCUUCUUCCUACUGACCAAUCCAUCAUUUGAUUUCCCCAUCCUAACAGCAACUGUCAUAGUGAAGGUAAGAGCUGACCAGCUGGACCAUCAUCAGGGUGGGUGAGGUGUUUUCUCUUCUGAUCUCCUCCCUCAACAGUGACUGAUGGUUUCUGCAAUACUAGGUCCCAUGAUGAAUGUGCAUUUCCCCACAUAAACCAGUCCUCGGUUGCAGUGUGGACGCUGUUUGGCAAGCCAAAGGCACCUCAAACUUUCCCAGGCUUGUUUCAUUGCUGCAUGACUUUGGCCUUUGCAAGAUGUCCAUAAAUGCAGAGAGCCAAGCAGUCUCCAUGUUCACCUCACCCACAAAAUUGACAAAUGGAAUGCAGCCACUCAUGUAUAUCCCUUGUCUCCUUCUCAAGCACCAGGAGCACUAGUCAUGGCCAAGUACUCUGUGGCCUUUCGGGGCUUCAAAACACUGUGCCCCAAGAGCUGACUGGAGAGAUGAGGCUUUAAGGAAAAUUUGUGGAGCAGUAUUGAGUAGUACUGUGUUACAUUGAAAGGUUCCUGUCAGCAAAGUGUUACUGCAAAAGAAUUUCCAGAAUGGGACUCUUUAUGUUUUCUGAAAAUUUUGGAGGAGCAAGUGGAGAUAGUAAUGGAUGAGCUGUUAACAUUGUUAAUAUAAAAAAGUAAAUAGUAAUUUGUAUAGAAUGUAGAUUUCAGAGCUGUGUCAGACAUGUAAAACAGGAAGGUUUGUAAAAAUAAGCUGGAGAACCCCAACCACCCUACUGUUAAACAGCAUCAAAAGCCUUUAUGCUGAAAGUGUACAUUGUUUUUGUAAUUCUUAGAACGUGGCCUUUCAUGUACUGAUUUCUUCUUGCAUUUGGAAGGUUUGCUGAGUGAAACUAAA